ACGAACGGAACUAAUAUGGCGAUCAUGGAGACCACGAAAUGUCAUUAUGAACGGGAAAAGUGCCACAAUGGGGUAGUAAUACGCAGUUAGAGCGACUAUGAAGUCGCAAGGAAGUUGUUUCGAUGAAAAUGGAAUAUCUUACUAUUUAAUAUUUUAAGCUAAAGCGAACAUGGACCGUGUUCGCUUGUUGCUGAGUGCUUGCGAGCAUGGCGAUAUUCCAUCUGUACAGGCAUUACUGGAUGAGGGACUAGAUGUAGACAGCACGGAUGCUGACGAAACAACCCCUCUACAGGUGGCAGCUGCCAACGGACAUGAUCACAUCGUCCGCCUUCUGCUAAUGCGUGGGGCGGCCUUAGACAGACGCAAUGUGUAUGGGUGGACCCCUCUCAUGCAGGCCUCGCGUCAUGGUCAUGCCAAUGUGGUGGCCACUCUUCUACAGCAACGCCAGGCUGAUACCAAUGCCAAAAAUCGUCUUGGGGCAUCAUCCUUGACCCUUGCUGCUCGUGGGGGUCAUCUACAGGUGGUGCGCCUAUUAGUUGAUUGUGGUAGCGACCUGAAUGCUUCAGGGAACAGUGCCAGUGGGGAGUGUGAGUUCACUCCUCUCCUUGCGGCAGCUCAGCAUGGACAUGAUACAGUUUUAAGAUUCAUCCUUGACCGUGGCAGUAAUGUGAAUUAUCGGACACCAUCUACUGGUCAAUCUGCACUUAUGUUGGCUGCUCUGAAUGGCCAUAUGAAAACUGCACAGAUCCUGGUUGAGCGAGGAUGUGACCCCAAUGUUGUGAAUGUUGAUAACAAGACUGCUCUAGAGAUCGCCACACGUAGGAAUAGGAGGGAGGUUGCCAGCUAUCUUGACAGGAAGACAAUCAACAAGCCAAAAAUUGAACCAGAAGAAAUAAAGCCUGACAUUAUAGAAGCAGCCAAACAUGGUGACAUACUGAGGAUCCAAGCCAUACUAGACAAGGAUCUAAGUCAGAUUGAUGCCAGUUCCCCACAGGAUGGGGCCACGCCUCUUAUGUUUGCUGCCAUGACGGGUCAGUUGGAUGUGGCUCGCCUUCUAGUUGCCCGAGAGUGUGAUAUAAACAAACAGGACAGUAUCAGUGGCUGGACUGCACUCAUGCAGGCCACCUAUCAUGGGAAAAAAUCUGUGGCAGUGUUUCUGAUUGAUCAAGGAGCAGAUGUAACCAUACAGGCCAAGAAUGGAUGUACUGCUUUUGACAUGGCACUCAUCAUAGAGGAUGUGGAUACGGAGCUGCUACGACUGCUGGCUUCCAAAGCAAUGUCGGUGAAUAAGGAGGACAAGGGAAAGAAGUCAUCUACUAAGCAGAAUGGCCUUUCAAAGACCUUCACUGCUACAGACUCUGGUGUGGAUGAACAACCCAAAAGUGGACUAAAAGCCUGGUUGAGUAGAUUGACGAGUAGAAUUAAGAAUACAAAACUUGGUCGUACAAUGAACUCUACAAAUCGUCUCACUCCUGUCACUGCCCUACAUUCAUCAACAUCAGUACAGGACCUCACCUUGACCAUUCCCAAAAGUCCUCUGGUGCCCCCCAGGAAAACCAACAAUUUCAUGGACCAGUCACACAUCUCCACAAGUUAUGAUCAGAUUCUCCUGGAAAACAAGAAGAGUGCUUCUAUGUACACACUGGAUAUAAAUCCACCAAACUCGAAUUUGACAAGUGAGACUUUAAAGCCUGUGAUCCCACCGUUUCUGCCGACUCCUACAUUUGAUUUAGAUAUCUCAAGCCCCCGCAGUAAGCCCCUGAGUGCCCGAGGCCCUGACACCAGCUCAACCCUACACUCUCCAAUCCGUCCAAUGAUGAAACCGCCAAUGAUGUUCAUGCCUAACAAAACCAGCAGCAAUCUGAGCUCUAGUCCUGCCAGUCCUUCCAGCUCAGGGAGGUUUGUGGCAGCCAAUCAAAACAAUGGUGACUACAAUGAGAACGGUAUAUAUUCUCCUACAAAUAAUAAAGGACCACUAGUUUUCUUGCCACCACAGACACCAUCACGUCUUUUCAUGCCACGCAAAUCAUCCGUACCAUCGGCCUUCAGGACAGCGUCCAACACAACUUCACCAAAUAGUUCAACAAGUGGCAGUUCCUCCGUCACACCCCAGCGAUCACAUUCUCAUGGUCGUAGCACUUCAUCCAAGGAGAGCACCACUUCAACUCUCACCCCAUCCCCCUCGCCUACUCCAGGAAAGUUCCAAGAAGAUCCUGGACAUAUACUCAGCUCUCUGCAUGAGAAUGAAACUAACACGAAUGAUGAACUUUCGGGAAUUUUAAAGAAAUUAUCCCUGGAGAAAUACCAACCAAUAUUUGAAGAACAAGAGGUGGACAUGGAGGCAUUCCUGACCCUGAAUGAUACUGACCUGAAUGAGCUUGGUAUCUCUCACACACAGUCACGACAGCAGAUCCUGAAAACUAUAUCUGAACUUAAGACGGGAAAGGGUAAAGAGCGCCAGCAGUUUGUUGAUACAAUGACCACCUUCCAGUCAACACUACGAGUUCGACCAGCAGACCCUUCUAGUAGAAUCAAUGGGUGGUCACACCCCUCAUCAUCAGGGGACACGGAUCAUUCUUGAAAAACUUCCUCUGCAUUUUCGUGAUCUUUGUGGGAUGAGGAAUUUACCCGAGUUAAGGCACCUUCAGCACAAAAUGGAGUCUGACAUUACCUUACACAUCUCUGGAAGUGAUUCUAGGGUAAACCUUACAUACUCCGGAAGGGUGACAUUACCUUACACAUCUCUGGAAGUGAUUCUACGGUAAACCUUACAUACUCCGGAAGGUUGGCAUUACCUUACAUACUCCGGAAGGUUGGCAUGACCUUACAUACUCCGGAAGGUUGGCAUUACCUUACACAUCUGUGGAAGUGAUUCUACGGUAAACCUUACAUACUCCGGAAGGUUGGCAUUACCUUACACAUCUGUGGAAGUGAUUCUAGGGUAAACCUUACAUACUCCGGAAGGUUGGCAUUACCUUACACAUCUCUGGAAGUGAUUCUACGGUAAACCUUACAUACUCCGGAAGGUUGGCAUUACCUUACACAUCUGUGGAAGUGAUUCUACGGUAAACCUUACAUACUCCGGAAGGUUGGCAUUACCUUACACAUCUGUGGAAGUGAUUCUAGGGUAAACCUUACAUACUCCGGAAGGUUGGCAUUACCUUACACAUCUCUGGAAGUGAUUCUAGGGUAAACCUUACAUACUCCGGAAGGUUGGCAUUACCUUACACAUCUCUGGAAGUGAUUCUACGGUAAACCUUACAUACUCCGGAAGGUUGGCAUUACCUUACACAUCUGUGGAAGUGAUUCUACGGUAAACCUUACAUACUCCGGAAGGUUGGCAUUACCUUACACAUCUGUGGAAGUGAUUCUAGGGUAAACCUUACAUACUCCGGAAGGUUGGCAUUACCUUACACAUCUCUGGAAGUGAUUCUACGGUAAACCUUACAUACUCCGGAAGGUUGGCAUUACCUUACACAUCUGUGGAAGUGAUUCUACGGUAAACCUUACAUACUCCGGAAGGUUGGCAUUACCUUACACAUCUGUGGAAGUGAUUCUACGGUAAACCUUACAUACUCCGGAAGGUUGGCAUUACCUUACACAUCUCUGGAAGUGAUUCUACGGUAAACCUUACAUACUCCGGAAGGUUGGCAUUACCUUACACAUCUCUGGAAGUGAUUCUACGGUAAACCUUACAUACUCCGGAAGGUUGGCAUUACCUUACACAUCUGUGGAAGUGAUUCUACGGUAAACCUUACAUACUCCGGAAGGUUGGCAUUACCUUACACAUCUCUGGAAGUGAUUCUACGGUAAACCUUACAUACUCCGGAAGGUUGGCAUUACCUUACACAUCUCUGGAAGUGAUUCUACGGUAAACCUUACAUACUCUGGGAGGGUUAACCACGUAUUGAAGAGCUCCUCCACAAAUAUAUAUCCAUGAUUUAUAGGGAUGGGACCACUCGUAGGGUUGUGUUAUAAGCAUUCCAUGUGCCAGGCUGGACUGGUCAUGUGACUGGUCAUGCUUCUCAUCACAUGAUGAAACAAUUUAUGAUGGAUUAUGUGAUGUAUCAUUAUUUAUUACAGAAAGAUAUUUAGUGAGGAAGGAACUAAGAUUUGUGAAAAACUCUAUAUCAUUGUGGAUAUGUUAAUGAGGAAUACAGGAAAGGAGAGGUCACAUGACGGAUCAUAUGGUUAGAAUGUACCUCUGACAAGACUCCUGGCAUAUAGGACUACUGCCAAAUACUACCUGAUGUAAUUGUAUGAUGUGGUGUAGCACCAGCCAAACACUACUCGUUUAACAGGUAUAUCCAAUCAGUAUGAUAGUCCCUACCUGCUGACGUAUGACAUAUAUAUACUAGUUGGGAGCCCCUACCUUUUGUCAGGACUACCUACUGACGUAUGACAUAUAUAUACUAGUUGGGAACCCCUACCUUUUGUCAGGACUACCUACUGACGUAUGACAUAUAUAUACUAGUUGGGAACCCCUACCUUUUGUCAGGACUACCUACUGACGUAUGACAUAUAUAUACUAGUUGGGAACCCCUACCUUUUGUCAGGACUAUCUACUGACGUAUGACAUAUAUAUACUAGUUGGGAACCCCUACCUUUUGACAGGACUACCUACUAACGUAUGACAUAUACUAGUUUGGAGUCGAGGACUCCUGUGUUUAAUUUCUACUACAUGACAAACCUGUACAUGUGUUGUCCAUGCUACAGUCAGGCAAAGUUUCAAGAGGGGCAAGGUAUUUCUUGAUAUACCGCUGGAAAUACUAGAUAAUAUUUGUGUCACCAUCGUCCAUUUGUUUUACUGCUGAUAGUUCAUCAUAUUAGCAACAUGUUUUUGCAUACUCAAAGUAACACUAUUUGUAUAUUUCAGUAUUGUAAAAUGAUAAUGAUUGGCAAUGCAUUUAUUCAUGUCAGAUGUAUAAUUUUUCAUUUCCAUAAUUAGAAUGAGUCCAUUGUAAGAUUUCCAGUUAGAACUCACUGUUACGUGGCCAUAAAUUCUGUCAACAAUAAACUUAAGUGCUAUGGUGACUUUUAUAAUUUUGUCAUUAAUAUAAUUUGUUAUGAAGUACAGAGCAGAAUUUUGCUGUAAAUAAUUUUUGUUUUCACAAAUGAGGCUUCACUAUUGGGAUGUAAAUGAUCAAUAAAUAAUGGUUGUUAAUGAUGAAUUUAUAUAAUGGUUGACUAAUUGGUUGUUAAAGGACAUAUAAUGGUCAAUUAAUUAAUGGGUGUAAAUGAUGGUUAUACAUUUAAUAAUGUGAUAUGUGCUGUUAGUAUUCCUCCUAAGAGAAAUAUUGCUUAUACUCAAUAUAGCAAGUUAGAUGGAAAUGUCAGGCCUUUAGUGAGAAAUGUAAGAGGUGCACAGAGCGAGUGAAAUACUUUAUUCGAGUUUGUUGUUUACUUGUUUACAAGUACAUGCUAGUGGAAUGUGCAAUCUACAAUGAUCCAUUCACAAGGUAUCAACUUAUGUCAUCUCAUGAAAAAUGUUUAUUCAAAUGAUUUAAAGAAUAUAUAGCUUUAUAAAAACCAUGUUGAAUUGAUCUGUAUAAUUUUAGUUCCAUUAUCAUUUAUUUUAUGUUUAAUAGUAUUUUAUCUUAUAUUUCCAAGUUGUGUCAAAUGUUCUAAAAAUGUUUGUGUCAUAAUGCAAUGCUUGAAAAUGGUUGACAUAUUGUACCCUGGGAGUGUUCACAACAGCUGAUAAAUGUCUUCUGUCCACACAAGUUGUCCGUCCACAAGGUCCUACCAUAACAAAGAUUUAUACCUAUAAAGAAAUCUAUGCACAAACAAUUACAUAUUAUCGUAAUGAUUUUAUUUUAUAUUUUAAUAACCCAUGUGUUUCUAUCAAGCCCCCUAGUAAUUAUGCCAUAUAUCUAGAUAGUUUAUGUCUUGUAUAUAUAUAUGUCUAUAUUUAAUUGUGUUCAGUACAUGUAUCAGGGUCUUAAAGUUCUACAUUCUUCAAACAAUCACAUUUUGUUACAACAUUAUAAUUAGAAUCUUAAUAUCUUAAGUCUCUAAUAGAAAAGUGAAAAUAAUAAUAAAAAAUGAUAUAUAUUUGUACAAUGUAUAAGGAAAAUGAAAGUAAGAUAUGAUUACAUAUAAGUUGUAUUGUAGAUGAAAAUUUUACUCCUCAAGUUAAGGAAAUUGUUAUGAUUUAGAUAAAUUUAUAAGGUGACAGGUUUGUGUAGUGCUACUUCUGUCUAUAACAUGCAAAAAUAUAUUGGUUUUUACACAUAACACUGGAUAGUUGUAAUUAAGCACAUGAGAAUUAGCAUGAAAAACUCAAAAUACUGGUACAAUUAAUAAUAAAUUUAUAAUUUUAGCAUAAAAGCUCAAAAUACAUUUUUGCUAAAUUUAGAAUUUUCACAGAAAUAAUUUAUACGAAAUUCAAGUUGUAUUAAUAAGUCUUUGAUCAUGAGUAUGCCAUGAAUGAUUCUGUCGAGAACUAUGAAUUUUCAUUUGAAUAGAUAGAAUGUGCUAAGUUAUAAUUAGGCACACAUAUAUAUUGUGCCAUGAGGUGUCCAAAUUAAACGUAUCCUUAUGUUUGGUAGUAUAGUGACAAUUUUCUGGUCGUGUUGAAAUCAAUGUUACAAAAUGAUAAAUUUAUUAAAGAUCUUUGAAAUAAGAGGCUCGACUUGAAGAUGAUGAUGUGAAUAGCUGUGAUAAAUACCUAGUAUUGAUUCUUUAUUUUGGUGUUCUUGUGUGUUAUCUUGUACUUUUUCCAGUUUUACUUUUUUUUGGCUUCUAUGCAAGUAUACACCUAGCUAUGGUCUAAUUCUUCAUCCUUUGAUAAGCCUUUUGGAUGCUAUUGGAUAUUUGUGGGCUGAUCUGAUAAUGCAUAUGGGUGGGAACAUAAGACUAUGUGGGUACCAACCGUGCGACUGGCUAAGCGGGCGUGUUUGCCUAAAAUAAGUGAUAUUGCUUAUGCCUGUAAUCUGCCAAAUUUCAUCAAGUUGAGAAAUGUUCCCACCUAGCAAGUUAAUGAUCAGGUUAAUGAUGAUCAGAUAACCUCUAAGAACGAUUUGAACGGCCUAUAAUGGUUGCUAACAAGAUGAAUUUGUCUUUUCUGAGUGAUGAUGUUGUAAUAUGUAAGGUGAUUCCACAAUAAGAAAUCCCUACACCUUUGCCCUUAGGUUUUCACAAUUUUACUUCAAAUGUACAGUGUAAUAAUGUAAAGUGUAGUAGAAUUCAUGUCAAUUCGUUCAUUACUUGCAAAAUAUACAAAAACAUCCCUGGAUAAAGUUUUGUAAGACACAGUGCUUUUGAAUAUGAUAUUGAUAUUUUUCGCACAUGAACUUCAUAAUUAGAAGGAAAAAAACUGCAAAGGUAACAAGAUGAGGACAUUUUUUAACCAACAUUGAUAACCAAAGUUAUUUAUAUACAGAUUCACACUUGUAUAAUUUUAUUAUUCAAAAUCAAUCACAAGGAUUUAAGUUGUGUGUAAUAUAUGAUAAUUUUCUAAUAUUCCCAAUCCAAAUCAUAUAUAGUACGUACACAGGCUCAUGGUAAAUCAUCACCAAUAUAUUGAUAUGUCAUAGAGAUGACCAUUUACUUUUUCAACCAAUCAAAGGCAACCUUUAUGCUUUAUUUCCAUGGAAUGUUUAAACCAUUCAAUGACACUUUUUUUUCAAUGAAAACUUAACUUUUCAUAGAAUGUUAACCAAUCAAAGGCAACCUUACUUUUCAUGAAAUGUUUAAACCAAUCAAAGGCAACCUUACUUUUCAUGAAAUGUUUCUUGAAAGGGUUGAUUGUGUGAGAUGAUGUUUUUUUUUACUAUUUUAUAGAUGUUUAAACAUCAUUAUUGUAUCUGUGAUGUGUAUGACCUAACUUUGUUGUGAUGACUGUAUACCAUGACCUAAAACUACAGGGUACGUAGCACUUGUAGAAUAAGAUUUCCUGUGAUGUCACAAUAUUGCCUGAUUUUAGAAUGGUGUUUUUUAGAUGCAUUUUCAAUAUCAAUUUUUAAUAGUGAUCAAAAUUACCUUUAAGUUUUCAUUUUGUAAAAUUUUCAUGAAACUGGAGUCCAACUUUACAUCCUAUAUAACCUAAGUUAUCAAAAAUGGAAGGUUUUGUUCAUUAUGUUCUUAUGAUAUGAUUAACAAUAAUGUUUUUUGCCAUUGCUAGUUUAAUUUUUAAUGUAAACUUGCACUUUUUUGAUAUACAAAUCUUAACCAAGUUUCAGAAUCGAGCCGUCCUGUCUACUUUUAGAAAUGACCUUUAUAGCUAUAUUUUAUCUUUUUAUUAAGAGUUUGUAUAUCAUGUGCCGUCCAAAUUGUUGCAUUUUUUAACAAAAACAUGUUUUUUUAACAGUGUAACAUACUGUAAUGCUGCUGGUUAUGCUCGCAGAAUGUACAACGAUAGUUCCCACUGGUUAGCUCAAUGAGACGAGAGAUAUAAGUCGUGGUGUAAUGUACAUGAAUUAGAUAUACAUACAGUGUAUCUGACACCCCUAUGUGACAGAAAAAAACAAAAUACGAUGUUUAAAAUAACUUUUUGCCAUUGUCCACAAGGAUUAUGCUUUUACUUAUCUAUCAUUAAUACCAACAUCUACUCAAAAAUACUUUAAUUUGGAAAAUGUAUAUUACAUUAUAACAAUCACAGGAGGUAGGCGCGGACGUACGUCACAAAAAAUAAUUGUCAGAUUAAAAAAAUAGCCUCUCCCGAAUAUGGCCCGUCCCACGACUUGACACUUUUUUGACAAUUAUUUUUUUGUGACGUAGGUCCGUGCCUAUCCCCUGUGAUAACAAUGAUUAAAUGUUAACCUUAACAAGGUUUCGAAUCUUAAAGGUUUCUGAUGUUUAUUCAGCCUUUUAGAAAAUAUAUGGACCCAUAUCAUCAAGACCAAUAAAAUGUCAGAAACCUUCAGAUUAAUGUACAUGUAGCUUCUUUCAGAAAAACAGUAUUGAAAAGAGGUAAUAUGUAACAACGCUGUAAAUUAACGUUGCUGAAAUCCUGGAGUGUAAAAAAGGAAUUAUUAUUUUAUAUUCUAUGUCUGCCCACAUUCAAAGAUCGCCAAUGUUAACUUUUACAAGGCAUUGUAUUGCAGAUGAGGAUGUAUACCUAGAAUUUGUUUUCAUAUAUAAAUAUCUUACUAUAUCAAUUCAAAUAUCAGAACUUGAGGUAUGAACCGGAGUAGGCUAGGAAGAUAGUUCCUUGAACAAGGCCAAAAGUAAUGAUUGGAAGUAAGAGUAGGAAUUAAGUGGGGAAAUGUCUACGCAGUGAUGUGAGCUGGUGUAUGGAUGCUUAUGUGAUAUGUGUACGAAUGAUGCUUCGAGAGUGCUAUUGUUGAUUAUUUGAAUACCAUUAAAUUAUCACAUCAGUUCA